CAAGGUACGGUGCCCGUGCUGCUGCUAGUGUAGUAUAGUGUACAGCUACCGUCCCUACAUGCGCAGUGUCCGACAAUCAUUUUUCCCUUCUGCCAACAUCUCUCGUCUUCCCUUUGCAAUCACCAACCCACGAACACCUUUCCACCUACACCUCCCAAUCAAACGGUUUUGGACACGAUAUACCAGCGAGACACGAUCGAUCAACGAAGUAAAACGAGCUACACUUACACCCUUACCAACAACGUCGCAAUGGAGACCGCGGAGGAGCCGAUGACGCCUUUUGGCACUUUCACUGCACAGAGCAACAAGCUCCAGAGACAAUACCAAGCACUCCUCGAUCAGUCGACGCCCUAUGUUACGUACCGAUGGGUUGGCACCGGCGUCGCCCUGUUUCUCUUCUUCGUGCGGGUGUUCGUGGCACAAGGCUGGUACAUUGUCGCCUAUGCCCUCGGCAUCUACCUUCUCAACCUCUUCCUCGCCUUCCUCACGCCCAAGUUCGACCCCUCGAGUGACGCGCUCGACACGGAAAUGGAGGACGGCUCUGUCGGUACCCUCCCCACCAAGCAGGACGAGGAGUUCAGGCCCUUCAUCCGCCGCCUUCCCGAGUUCAAGUUUUGGCAUUCGGCCACCCGCGCUGUUGCCAUUUCCUUCCUCUGCAGCUGGUUCGAGAUCUUCAACAUUCCCGUGUUCUGGCCCGUGCUGGUUAUGUACUGGCUCAUGCUUUUCAUCCUCACCAUGCGCAAGCAAAUUCAGCACAUGAUCAAGUACCGUUACGUCCCCUUCACCAUUGGCAAGGCGCGGUACAACAAGAACAGCAACUAAGCAGUUUUGCUGUUGCCCAAGUUGAUUGAUGUUGCUGGUUGUCAGACAGGGCAGCUAGUCUGUCUCUGACACUUUUGCGCUGUCCGGGGAGAGAAGGAAGUGUUUCGCGGGCCAAAUUCAGGUCAAACGCUGUAGAAAGAAAGACAGAACUUCUCAAUGUACUAAUGACGGGGGAAUGCGCCAUGUUGAUGGAGCAUUUAUGACGAUGAGCAACUAUCAUGUAUAUUUU